GUGAACCCGUUGGACAUUGCCCCUCAAUACGCGGGAAUCAUCGCAGGCCUCUCCGGAGCGAUGACCUCUCUUGGCAACCUCACAUUUUACCCCAUGAUGAACCACAUCUUCAACACAUGGAAGAUUCGGCACGACCACAUGACGCCAUUGUACGCCGUGAGUGUCAUCAGCGGAGGCCUGCAGUUCCUGGCGGCGCUGAUCUUCGUGGUCUUCUCGUCGGCCACUGAGCAGGACUGGUCCAAGGACGAGGGGGCUUCGCCGUCGGCCAGCGGGGACGCUCUUUACGGGACCAGCAGCGGCGGAGGCAACAACAACAACGACCCUUACCUGGACACCACUGAAGUGACCGUUAGCGACGGCGGCAUCUCGCUAAAUGUGAUCGUGAAACGGUAGCUCGAGGACGAUGUCGAGGCUGUUGCCGUGUGAACGACGAUGCCUCGGCAAGCACUGGGCAGGCGCGCCUAUUACCUUGACCGAAAGAAGGCCGUGGGACGUCAGAAGUGCGGGUGUAGCCUGAAUGGACAAAUUCAAGCUCUACGGGAUCCACAAUCUUCGUACACCUUCACGAGCAA